AUGGCAGCCCGUGCCACGGUGCGCUGGGCUUUGAUGCUUGCCCUGCUCAUCGUUGGCGUUCAAGCCGAUUGCCAACUUUCCCAAUAUUGUUGGUGUGUUGAGGAGCACGUUGUCAACUCAUCAGCAACCAGUACAGCGUGUGAUAUUGUCUGCAACGACAACACCAGUCUCACCUGCGGCGGAACUACCGCUUUUAGCGUGGGGCGGGGUAUCUGCACCUACGAUCCGGCCAAAGACCUGCCCUUGCUCCCUUGGACUUUUACUACUCGCGUGGAAAUCAAUGUCCUGGAGCGCAACAGCACCAUGUACAUGCAUGAGUGGUAUGACGGGCCCGGCAAUCGGGCUCGUCAAUCCAUGUUCCGAUUUGAGGAUCGCAUGCGUCAUAUCCCCGGGGGUGAACUGGACUUGAUUUAUCGUUAUGAUCUUGAUCUCACGGCCGUGGUGGUCAAUGAGCAUGACUGCCAUGUUGAAGCCAUUGAGGAUGAGCGCUUCCUACCCUUUGGGGGCCACGGCAUUGUCAACGGGUCACAGGAUGCACGCAUCGGUACUGUAUGGGACUUUUUCGAAUUUGGUCGGCAAUUCAACGAGACCUACGAGGGCGUCUUUUAUAUUCGUGGUGUUCGUAUGGUCAAUCACAGUGACGAGUUUGGUUCAAGCCUCAUGGAUAUACACUGGUUCUUCAACGACCCUUCGUGGUCUCUGGUUGGAUCUCCCGAGCCGAUUCCGAUCCGCAUGAUCGUCAAGGGCAAUUUUACGCAUGCCGACGGAAACGUGACCGAGUUUCACCACAUGUACGACUACUUUGACUUCUUUCACAGCGAGAUCCACCACCCCGUUUUCGAGAUCGAGGAUGUCUUCAAGCUACACUGUGAUGCCCAAUGCGGCCGAGGACCCAUGGGCGAGCACUUUCCAGACGUGUGCCGUGAUCCAACUCCGUACCACGGGCGCUGGGUGGCCCUGCCCGAGCUGCCCGACACCUUCACUGCCACUGUAGCUGCCAGCUUCUCCGACCACGGUACCACCAUCUAUUCGUACGAAUGGGUGGAUGAACCCAACAAUUGGGGCCGCUUGGAUAGCUUCAUGGGUCGAAACGGCACUGGUAGCCACGUCUCUGCCAUCUAUCGCUAUGACUUAUGCGCACGCCUCAUGAUAUGUGUGUUGUGUUUCGAAAGGGAUCAGUACGUCUUCUUCUCACAUGACAGCUGUCAUGCUGGCGCCAUUGACGAUGCACAUGUCUUCUUGCCUUUUGGAGGUGAUGGUCAUGGUAUCGGGCGCACCUCGGACUUUUUUGAAUUUGGCCGUACCUACAACGAGACUUACAUUGGCAACAGCACAAUCCGCGGCAUCCUCUGUAACCAGUGGCACAGUACUCUGACGUUUACGCGAGGCAGCUUCACUCACGAACUCUACCUCAGCUGGUACUUUUCCCACCCUGAAUGGGUCACACCCCAAGCCGGACACAAUGAAAACAUCAAAUCUCUUCCCGUCCGCCUUGAAGUGCGCGGCGAUUUCGGGAACCAGUCCUUUGUCCAUACACACGACUAUGUGACAUUUCGCGUUGGCAUUCAUGACUUUGGCUUUGAGGCCAGCUUCUUUGAGCUCCCGUGUCAGGCGGACUGUGCUGAGGCUGAUGCCAUCAACUUUCCUCGCACGCAGUGCUGGGCGCCAAACUCGGAAAACACAACGACAAACGCCCCGAGCGGCUCUUCGGGCUCGUGCAACAAAAAUAACCAGACUGGCGCGUGUGUGUGUGUGUGUGUGUGUGUGUGUGUGUGUGUGUGUGUGUAG